AUUGAAAGCCCCUAGUCUCGUCUCUUUGUCGCGAACAGUAGAGGUUGCAAUGUUCGUAGCGUUUAGAGUGCAGAUUUACUUCUUCCUGAUCUGCCUGUCGGCUCUCAAGGGACAAAGCAGGUACAUCGAGGACAAUUAUAUUACACAAGAUGGGAUGUUUUCUAUUCUUAAUUCGGAAAUUAGGAGAGGAUUAUCUGAAGGACUUCUUUACCGUCGGCCACUCAGAUGUAUAGACAUGCUGACCAUGGAAGGACAGUUUACAUUCACAGCAGAUCACCCACAGCUUCACUGUGCAGUGUUUUUCAUCGGUGAACCGCAAGAGAUCAUCAGCAUUGAGUACAGUUCUGUGAAUAUAGACUGUAAUGGAGGUGACUUUAUAAAGGCAUUUGAUGGCUGGAUAAUGAAAGGGGAAAAAUUCCCCAGUUCCUUGGACCACCCACUACCGACCUAUGAGCGAUACAUAGACUACUGUGAAGCAGGCAGCCUCAGGCGGGCAGUCAGGUCCUCUCAGAAUGUGGCCAUGCUCUUCUUCAGGAUUCACACACCAGGAAGUGGAUUCACCAUCACAAUUAAGAAAAUCAGCAACCCCUUCCCAUGCAAUGUCAUCUCCCAGACCCCAGAGGGAAGGUUCACUAUGAUGAUCCCUCAUCAGCACAGAAACUGCAGCUUUUCCAUCAUUUACCCAGUGGAGAUCAAAAUAACUGAACUGACUCUGGGGCAUUUCAACGACCUGCAAGUAAAGAAGCCAAUCACAGGCUGUGGGAGAGCAGGGGAUUUUGUGGAGCUAUUGGGAGGCAGUGGUGUCGACCCCUCCAAGAUGUUUCCUGUGGCUGACCUCUGCUAUUCAUUUAACGGACCAGCUGAAGUGAAGAUCGGGUGUGACAACACGGUUGUGAGGAUGGUGUCCAGUGGCAGAUUUGUGAACCGUGUUGUGUUUGAAUACCGGCUGCUUGAACGUCCUGAGCUAGAAAAACAAAAAGGGAACAGCGUUGAAGACUUCUGUUACACCACUGACUGAGACACUGGCCCUGCCCAGCUGCAGUGAUGGACACAAAUCCACCACCUACCUUUAAUGACUGAUGAGACCAGUAAGAUCUCUCUCGAUUACGCAUCGUGCUGCAGUCCGAUAGACCACUGAAAAGACGCUUUAAGCAGAAUAGUUUUUGUUGUUUUUUUUUUUCAGAU